AAACUUGGGGCUGGUCAUUAUCUUUUUCUAAAAAAAAAUAAAAAUAAUACACAGGAUAAUAUAUGUAUAAGAUGAAGACCCCCGUCGGCUACCGCCGGACGUGUGCUUUGACGACUCGUCUCGAUCGCUCACACUUCAGAGUUCAGAGUCUGGGCGUCGUUCGUUAAUGCCGGCGACCACAUCCCUCCGCAGCCACCGCCGGUGCCGUAGCUACAUUUGUAUAUAAGAAGACACACCCAUCUGCAAAAUUGUUAGAGGGCAUGGGGUUUCAUCAGAACCACCACCAUGGCGCCGGCAGCGACGGCGUCUCCCAGCGCGUCAACAGUCCGAGGUUCUCCGGCCCAAUGACUCGCCGGGCGCAGUCCUUCAAACGAAACACCAAUAGCCACAACACUCACUACAAUAACAACAGCAGUAGCGGCAGUAACAGCAGCGGCAGCGGCAGCCACCACGAGAUCGAUCUCGUACUGAACUCGCCCAGAUCGGAAGUCGCAACUGAUUUGAUUUCCGGCGAUGGGUUUGAAGCGAUUUUGGAAAGGAAGCAUGGCCAUCACGGAAGCCAGAGAGUUUUGAAGACCCUUUUGAAGAAAUCGAUUGGAUCUGUUCGCGGGGGCUUGGUAUUGCGGGAGAAGAAAAAAUUGGGAUUUUUGUUGUUUUUUGCGGUGUGCUUGUUCUGGGGUGUGUUGAAGAUUUGCGCAAACGGAUGGUUUGGAUUUUCCAUUGAAAGUGCCGAGUCCAAUCAGGAUUUACCUGACUCGGGCAUCACUCAUCUAAAUCUUGUGGAUCAAAGUUCACAUGAUUACGGAUAUUGGAAAGAGGAAAUUGAUGCUGAACGAACUCUGAUGACAGUAGCAUCAGUUGUAGCCACUUUCCAGAGUAGUAUCACCGAAUAUUCAGGUAUCUGGUCCAAAGCCAAUAGUGAGAAUUACACCCAGUGCAUUGACAGGUCUACUCACAAAAAGUUGGAUGCAAAGACAAAUGGCUACAUUCUUAUUAAUGCUAACGGUGGCUUGAAUCAGAUGAGAUUUGGGAUAUGUGAUAUGGUUGCUGUUGCUAAGAUCAUGAAGGCAACACUUGUCCUUCCUUCACUUGAUCACUCAUCCUUCUGGGCUGAUAACAGUGGGUUUAAGGAUCUGUUUGACUGGCAACACUUCAUAGAGACGCUGAAGGAUGACGUCCGCAUAGUUGAGACAUUACCACCUCUUUAUGCUGAAAUUGAACCUUUCAUAAAGACUCCAAUAUCUUGGUCUAAGGUUGGUUAUUACAAAUCAGAAGUUCUCCCUAUUUUGAAGCAGCACAAAGUUGUAUACUUUACUCAUACUGAUUCCCGACUUGCCAACAACGAUCUCCCGAAUUCCAUACAAAAGCUGCGAUGCCGUGUAAAUUACAAGGCAUUAAAAUAUUCAGCGCCAAUAGAAAAACUUGGCAACACUUUGGUUUCUAGAAUGCGAGAAAAUGGAAGCCGUUAUAUUGCUCUCCACUUGAGGUAUGAGAAGGAUAUGCUUUCAUUUACAGGCUGCAGUCAUAAUUUGACGGCAGAAGAGGACGAGGAGCUUCGUAGGAUGCGAUAUGAAGUCAGCCAUUGGAAGGAGAAAGAGAUUGAUGGAGUGGAGAGAAGAAAGCUUGGUGGCUGCCCAUUGACCCCAAGAGAGACCUCACUUUUGCUCAAAGGGCUUGGUUUCCCAUCCACAACCAUGAUUUACUUGGUAGCCGGUGAAGCUUAUGGGAAUGGAAGCAUGCAGUAUCUCAAGGACGACUUCCCAAAUAUCUUCACCCAUUCCACUCUUUCUACUGAAGAAGAGUUGAGUCCUUUCAGGAGUCACCAGAACAUGCUGGCUGGUUUAGAUUAUGUUGUUGCUCUGCAAAGUGAUGUUUUUGUUUAUACAUAUGAUGGGAACAUGGCGAAGGCAGUUAAAGGUCAUAGACGUUUUGAGAACUUCAAAAAAAGUAUCAGUCCAGACAAAGUGAAUUUCAUAAAACUGGUUGAUGAGUUUGAUGAAGAGAAAAUCUCUUGGAAUAAAUUCAGUUCCGAAGUGAAGAAACUUCAUGAAGACCAAGUUGGGGGUCCAUACUUAAGGGAGCCUGGAGAAUUUCCAAAGCUGGAGGAAAGUUUCUAUGCCAACCCCCUUCCGGGAUGCAUUUGUGAAACAUGGAAAAAUAGAGAAUAAACUUGUUAUGGUGUUGGCUAGUCUUUUGCAUCAGAUGAUUUGGGCCCCAGCCAAGAAGAAUUGGAAGCAUUUGUUUCCAUCUUCAACAUGGCAAUCUUUAAUCUGCUGGUUCAACCAAAGAAUGAGUUCACGGUAAAGACCUGAGGCUCAGGGGUUAUUGCAUAGCAGGGAGCGAUACAACAAGGUUAAUGUUAACCAGUCUUAUUUAAGAAUCAUUGCCAAUGUCAUCAGGUAUAUCACUUAUAGGGACAUUGCACGAAAGCAUACAUUCAUACCAUUUGAGUUUCUGGGGAGGUGCAUCAACUUUAGGGUUUGGAAUUUAUACAGUUUGAAUAAUUUAUGGGAGUGCCAAAUGGGUCUGAUACUGAAAAUAUUCAUUACUGAUCAUUCAAAAGCAUUAUCUAAGCUGCCAUGUUACUUUGUGUGCAUAUAGCGAUCUGCUUGAGCGUGUAAAUUCGUUCGUCAAGUCAUCUCCAUUUAUCUGAUAUGGAACUCGGGGGAAAUGACUGCAUAUAAGAUGUGUCUGUUCUCAAGUAUGUAAUGAGCUCUAUGGCAGUCACUUUUGCUCCAUUUUGAUUUUCUUUAUGCAACUGUUCUUCCUUUUAUACA